AACAGUUAGCCGCUCCCCCCCAUCGCUCUGGUCGAGCCGCUUCUCUCGCUAGGCCGUUCAACCAUCUCGCAGGCCUCGCGCCAACCUACUACUCCUCCAUGGCGCCCUCGGCGACUCUUAGCGAAAGCACGCCCGCUUGCCCCGCCCCGAUGAGCAACCAGCGCAAGCCGCUCGCGGGCAAGGUCGCGCUCAUCACGGGCGCCGGCCGCGGUAUCGGGCGCGGCAUCGCGCUCGAGCUGGGGCGGCGCGGCGCCUCGGUCGUGGUCAACUACAGCCGGAGCUCGCAGGCGGCAGAGGCGGUGGUGGGCGAGCUCGCGGCGCUCGGGGCGGCGGCGGUCGCGCUGCGGGCGGACAUCAGCCGGCCGGAGGAGAUCGCGGCGCUGUUCGAGCGUGCGGUCGCGCACUUCGGGCACCUCGACUACGUCGUGUCGAACGCCGGCGUCGAGGUCUGGUGCGAGGAGACCGAGGUGACGCCGGAGCUGUUCGACGGCGUCUUCAACCUCAACUGCCGCGGCCAGUUCUUCGUCGCGCAGCAGGGGCUCAAGCACUGCCGCCCCGGCGGCCGCAUCGUCCUCACCAGCUCCAUCGCCGCCCAGAUGGCCGGCGUGCCCAACCACGCCCUCUACGCCGGCUCUAAGGCCGCCGUCGAGGGCUUCACCCGCGCCUUCGCCGUCGACUGCGGCCGCAAGCGCAUCACCUGCAACGCCGUCGCCCCCGGCGGCGUCGAGACCGACAUGUUCGACGAGAACAGCUGGCACUACGUCCCCGGCGGCUAUGCCGGCAUGCCCCUCGACACGAUCAAGGAGGGCCUGCGCAAGAUGUGCCCGCUCGACCGCGUCGGCGUGCCCGCCGACAUCGGCCGCGCCGUCUACUGCCUAAUCAGCGAGGAGGGUGAAUGGAUCAACGGCCAAGUCAUCCGGGCCUCUGGUGGAGGCACAUAAAAUGCCGAAAACUCCCCACUACUCCCGUCUUGCUUUUCUGUUUAUUUUCCCCCUCUCCCUUUAUUUCAAACCCCCCGUUUAUUUCUCACCGGCCACUGUCACCUCCUCCACGCGUACCCCCUGCCCCCCACUCCAACCCCGCGGGAAUUGUAACAUGGGCGCAAACCGAUAUGAGCCAGCUGCCGGGAGCCGGGAGUUCCGUCACACUUUUAGAUCUUAGCGACGGGGACGGGAGGCCCGGCGGGAAACGGAAUAGUCGUAGGAGAUAGACAAGAAUACGAGAGGUCGUGACGUGUGUCACCGUAACCGGCCUUCAUUCGCCGCCAUGCCGCUGUGAUGUCUCUCCUUGGUGUUGAGCACACCCGGAGCGACGAAUAAAAUGGGUUAUCAUUAUCACCAUCAGUGCCAUCGGCA